AUGUCUUUAUCUUCGACGACGAAUCCUGCGCACCUGCAGAUGCCCGGGUUUAAUGUUGCGCUCAACGCAACGCCUGCGGUCCUUAAUUCGGGCCUUGUGAUGAUUGGCGGAUUCCCCAAUGGAUUGGACGAAGCUCAUUUGGAAUAUGGGAGUGUGGAUAACUUGAACGUUCAUCGGGAAAUUUUGAUGAUGCGAGUUAUGAAUUCUAUUACCGAUAAAUCCGAAUGGGAUCGAAAGGUGUUCGAUCUCAACAUCACAUCAAAAUGGCGCGAUGAAAUCGCAAAAAGUGACCAAGACAUUACCCCCCGAAUGAUGAACUGGGUGAUCAAAGAACUCCAAUGGAAAGCCGAGCAAUUCACCGAAACAGGCUUCGUCCAGGUCUUCGACGCCGGCGUGAUAAAAUCCGAUACGGUCAUUUCGCAAGAACUGCGCCAGGCGCUGAAAGACGCGUCGGUAGCUCUCAGCGAUGUCCCGGACGAGGAGAAAGAUUAUCACCCGGGGUCAGAGGGCAAGGUCAUUGAUCUUGUCCACCCUUCGCUUUUCCCUGUUAUCUAUGGCCGAACGCGCGUCCUGCCGGACAGAACUAUCGGGCUUGAUGAUUGUCUCGAGGCUAUGGGGUAUGGGUCUGUAGUUCCGCAGCCGACUGACGAACAGGUUCGUCAAUUUACUCGCAGUCUGCCGCACGGAAUGCCGGUGUUUAGCAAGAGUUUCCAGUGGUUACCGUGUGAGGUGGAGUUUACGGGGGAAGGAUGCAAAAUCGUUUCUUAUAUUAAUAAUUUGCAUCCGGAGGGGCAUCGCAAUUUGUACGGUGUGAUUGAGAAGAUUAUUUCCAAGGCUGUUCCGCUUUGGAAUAAGAGUCUUGGUGGGAAACCCCGGGAUCGUAUUGAGUAUGAGAAUGUGGAAUAUGGCGAAUCUUCGGUACCGGAACCUGAGUACCCUGGUAAUGACUGGGAUUAUGAGGCGCCGGAGUGGGAUACCUUUGACGAAGACGCUUGGAACGAAGUGUACGAAGGAUGGGCUGCGGAUCGUCCUAUUGUUCUUCCUGAGCCUGGGGAGUUCAAGCCUGUGAAGAGCUUGAAGUGGGACCGAGUUGAUCUUCGGACUCAAUUUCCGGGCCAGAGAUUGCAGGUCAUUGUCAAGAUGGCUAAUAUUGAACUUACUCCCGACAAUCCUGAAUAUGAGGGGGGAAGCUGGCACAUUGAAGGACAGUUGAACGAACGAAUCGCAGCCUCAGCAAUAUACUACUACGACAACGAAAACAUAACACCAAGCAACCUCUCCUUCCGCCAACGCGUCAGCACCGAUUUCUACGACGUAGGCUACGAACAAGACAGACACGAAUUCAUUCAAGCAGUCUACGGCCUCGAAGAAGACACCCGGGGCGAGAGAAACAUCACCCAAGAACUCGGCGGUAUAAAAUGCGACGAGGGCCGACUGAUUACAUUCCCCAAUACCCUUCAGCACCGCGUAUCACCUUUUCAACUCGCGGAUAAGACCAAGUCUGGUCACCGCAAGAUUCUCGCACUUUUCUUGGUCGAUCCGCAUCGGAGGGUUAUUUCUUCGGCGAAUGUACCGCCGCAGCGGGAAGAUUGGUUGCCAAAGGAGGUUCGGGAGAUGCGUGGGGAUGGAGAACAGAUGGUACUAGAAUCGAAGGGUCAGGCUUGCCCGGGACCGGAUCGGGGUGGGUUGAUGUCGAUGGAUGAGGCGAUGGAGCAUAGGUUGGAGCUUAUGGCGGAACGGAGUUUGAGAUCUGCGGAGAGGAAUUUGAAUUUCGAGGUUGGGGACUUUAAUCUUUGUGAGCAUUAA